AUGCAUGAUCGAUAUGGCUCAGUGGUACGUGUCGCACCAGAUGAGGUGUCUUACACGUCAGAAACCGCCUGGAGAACCAUAUAUGGACAGAGGAGUGUGGAAAUGGCAAAAGAUACGAUCUUCUCGCUGAGCAAACCUAGUGGUGCACAGGCUGACCGAGAGACUCACGCGCGCCAGCGCCGUCUAAUGUCUCAUGCAUUUUCCGAGAAGGCGCUGCGUGAACAAGAACCUAUCUUGCAGUUGUAUGCUUCCAGACUAUGUGAAGAGCUGCAGAAGUACUCUCGCUUCGGGCCAGUCGAUAUGAAGGAUUGGUUCACUUUUGCCGCUUUCGAUCUCAUAGGAGAGCUUGCCUUCGGAAAGGAUUUCGGAUGUCUUCUAAAUAAAAAAGCAGCGCCUUUUGUUGCUGCCAUUCCAGCCGGCGCGCAGGAGCUCACCAUAAAUCAAAUGCUGAAAUACUACAGCCUGUUACCAAUGAAGCUAAUUUUCGCUUCUAUGGUAAAAGUGCUGCCUAUGCGGCCUAGUGGUCACGUAGUUGGAGCGCGAGAGGAGAACAUGAAGCGAGCUGUACAGGUUGUCCAAGCUCGCAUAUCGCGCGGUCCUACCGCAGACCGCAAAGACUUUUGGCACUACGUGCUUCAGCACCUCAAGGAUGAAAGCUCAGUGGCAUCAAAAGACCACACAACCGCCAAAAGAGGCAUAUCAGAACCUGAGAUGUAUGCGAAUUCCUUUUCCAUAACCAUUGCUGGCUCUGAGGGCACAGCAACUGCUCUGACUGGAGCAACAUUCCUGCUGCUGAGACACAUAUCCGAGUAUCAGCGAGCCGUAAACGAGGUUCGCAGAGAGUUCUCAAGCGAGACAGAAAUUACGAGCAGCAAAGUGUUAAAAUGCUUACCAUUCUUGGAAGCCGUAAUGCAAGAGGCCAUGCGGCUGUACCCACCAGUCUCUAUUACCAUGCCAAGAAGGGUACCUGAUCCAGGCGAGAUAAUUGACGAACGUUUUGUCGCUGGCGGAACCACGGUCGGAGUGAAUCAUCUGUCAUGUUACAGAUCCGCUUGCAACUUCGAAGACAAUAUGAGCUUCCGGCCGGAGCGGUGGUUGCGUGCAAGCGGAAAAGAGCACAGCGUUGGUGACAACUUUGAUGCGUUUCAGCCCUUUUCAUUUGGUCCUAGAAGCUGCCUAGGAAAGAACCUAGCAAGAGCUGAGAUGUGCUUACUUUUGGCUCGUAUCUUGUGGCGGUUUGACUUGCAACUCGUGGAGACGGAGGAGGGCCUUUCAUGGCUAGACAAGCAAAAGAUUUGGGGGUUCUGGCAAAAGCCUGCUCUCCUCUGCAGGCUAACCCCAGCUCGAAGAGAUAUGGCCAUUUAG